AUGAACCAUUAUCCAGCUUUUCUUCGUCCGUACAAUGGUAAAUCAACGAAUUCAACUAGUAAUUCAUCAUCAUCUAAUAAUGAAAAUGAUGAAAAUUCAUCAAUAAAAAAUCUCAUUUUUAAACAUUUAUCUAAAGUACAACAAGGUUCUUCAAAUAAUAAUCAUAAUAAUACAAAAGGAGCAAUGCGUGGUAUUCUUGGUGAAGUUGGCAACAUGACAUUGUCGAAUAUACAAAUGACAUCCAUAAUAACUAAACCAAAAAUAGUUCAACAACAAUCAGUAACAACUAUUGUUGAAACAACAUCAACCGUAACUGCACCGCCACCAGCGCCACCACCACAGUCACUAUUAACAUCAAUCAUACCGAUAGUUGUAAAUAAAAUCGAAAAAGUUACUUUAGAUGAUAAUAAACAAAUUGAUGAAUGUAUGCCACAUGAACCAAUAGCAAAACUUACAAAAGUUCCACCAGAAUUUGAUUGUGAUAGUGGUGAUUCAUAUAAUAUAACGACUGUAUCGGAAUAUGUUGUUGAUAUUUGUAAAUAUUGGCGUGAACUUGAACAACUUACACCAAUACAACAGAAUUUUUUAUUAAAUCGUACUGAAGGCACAGCUUCACCUCAAAAUCGAGCCGUACUUAUUGAUUGGCUCUAUCAAGUACAUGAUCGUUUCAAACUUCUUUCAGAUACAUUUCAUAUGACAAUUCAGCUUAUCGAUCGUUAUUUACAAUUAAUUGAUGUCUCAAAACAUGAAUUACAACUGAUUGGAUCCACUGGUACGAAUCAAAAUCCAUAG